AUGGUCCCGCGCUGUUAUAUCCCCGCGCCAUCUCGCCAACGAGUUACCUCUGUUCUGCUUAUACUCUUUGGACUUCUUCUUGUCAUGCCAGCCGCCAGCACUCUUGGCAGUUCCGCCACAUUCUGUUGUUUGGCGCCGUCCUGUGGUGCAAUACUUGCAGACCAUGGAUGGCUGACCCGACACCAUUCGACUUGUGCCAGUUAUCGACAGUUUCAGCAAGAACAACUUGCAAUGCAUCAACAGCGCUCGAUGUCGGGCACGAUCCAGGUCCCAACAGUGAGAGAAAGGCUUUCGGCAAAGCGCAAGGCACCACCUGGCCUUUCGGAGAGGAAAAACCGGCAGCGUCUGCACUCACCGCUGACCGAUCUUAACUUGCAACCACAUCUACCCGGGCCAUCCAUACAAACCCCACAGCCUUCUAACCAUGACCCCAUACCACCGCCGCCACCUGAACCAAGUCAUGCUGUCCAAAUGCCGGAUGACACAACAGACUCUGGCCGCCCGAAGCGGGCAACGCGCCUGCCAGCACGAUUCCAAGACUUUGUCCCCGAUGUUGCACCAAUUGAGGAGGUCUCGGUGUCAACCUUGCCUCGUGUUACGCUCAUUGUGCGUAAUCGGUUCAAGACCUUGAUGACGAGCGUGUUUGGGCUGUGGCGAGAAUAUCUGUAUCGUCCAUCAUACGAUCCGGACAGUCUCAUUGAAGAUGCCGAUCUAGCUGGCAAUUUUGCUCCAAAUCCUUUGGUGGGCAUUCCAAGUGAAUCUACAGUACCUAAAGCUCAACGGGUUGGGACGAAUGCAACUGCGACACUGUUGAUGGAUUGGAAGAAUAAUGGGAAUGUAACAAAGUCGGAUGGUGAAAUCAACUCGCUGGUCCGCGAUGUCAUUCUCGACCCUGCAUUUAAUGCCGAUGAACUGGUGGGAUUCGAUGCAAGUCGUGCCAAUAAACAGGUUGAUGAAGAUGGAAAGACCUCAUUCCCAUUCAUGAAAGAUUUUAAGACCACAACUGUCGACAUUCAAAUUCCUACCGGAGUGAAACGAGCCCCACCUGUUACUCUUGCAGUUCCGGGCCUCUACUUCCGAAACCUAAUCGAUGUUAUCAAGGCCGCUUUCACCGAUCCAUUAUCCCAGCACUUCCAUCUUUCACCAUUCAAACUCUUUCGGAAACUUCACGGACACGAUACAGAGGCUAUUCGUGUGUAUAGUGAGCUCUACAACACUGAUGCCUUUAUUGCGGAACACGACCACAUCCAACGUCAUGGUCUCCUGCCUCCCAAUAAUCCUGAAUGUAAACGGGAGAAAAUCAUUGCAGCACUCAUGUUUUGGUCCGACUCGACUCAUCUGACAAACUUCGGUACAGCAAAGCUUUGGCCGAUUUACAUGCUCUUCGGUAACCUAUCUAAAUACAUUGGCGGCAAACCAAGUAUCGGUGCUGAACACCAUAUCGCUUAUAUUCCUUCUCUUCCGGAUUCGAUACAAGACCGAAUCAAGUCGAUUUUCACGAAAUGGAAUACACAAAAGGCAUCCGUCUUGGCCCACUGCCGUCGUGAGCUCAUUCAUGCUGUAUGGAGGCACCUACUUGACGAUGAAUUCCUCUAUCAUUACCGGUAUGGGAUUGUCGUAACAUGUGCAGAUGGUGUCGAGCGACGUGUUUAUCCUCGAAUAUUCACAUACUCUGCCGAUUAUCCAGAGAAAGUUCUACUGGCAACAAUACGUGAAAAUGGGGAAUGCCCUUGUCCUCGCUGUUUAACCCCCAAGUCCGAGCUCCACCUUAUGGGGCAGAUUCAAGAUUUAGUAAAUCGUGGAAGUAAUCUCAUUCGACAAUACCUUUCCAGCAAGAUUGCGAAGGCACGACGAUUCAUUUAUGUCUUUGGUUUGGGAGUUCGCUCUAGCAAGGUGGAGAAGGAGCUCAAGGCAACUUCAUCCGUGCCAACUGUUAAUGCGUUCAUCGAUCGCCUUGGUCAUGAUUUCCCCCUUCACCGUAUGUUAGUCGUUGACUUCAUGCAUGAGUUUGAGCUCGGGGUUUGGAAGAGUCUAUUUACACAUCUUAUCCGUCUCUUGUAUGCCAUGCCAGAUGGGCCGUCUCUGGUAGCAGAACUGGAUUCACGAUAUCGGCAGGUUCCAAGAUUUGGUAUCGAUACCAUACGCCGGUUUGCAACAAAUGCCUCUGAAAUGAAGAAGUUGAGCGCGCGGGACUUUGAAGACCUACUGCAAUGUGCAAUUCCCGUUUUUGAAGGCUUAUUCUCCCUCCCCACAACGAGCGAACAUGACUUGCGCAUCCUCAAGCUCUUGUACCGUCUUGCAGAAUGGCAUGGGUACGCAAAGCUCAGAAUGCAUACCGACCACACUCUCAACCACCUCGAUAUGCUUACAAGUCAGCUCGGAACACUUAUGCGCGAUUUUCAACAGACGACAUGCACUGCAUUUCGGACAAGAGAAUUGCCGCGAGAAGCCCGUCAUCGCCAUGACCAAGCUCUUGCAUCUGGAAGCAAGACAUCAUCGUCGACUCCCAAGAGCAAAGCAUUCAAUCUUAAUACCUACAAAUGGCAUUCAUUAGGGGACUAUGUCCAAAGCAUUCGACUUUUUGGCCCGACUGACAUCUAUUCAACCCAGAUUGGUGAAAGUUUACAUCGCCUUCUCAAGCGCAUGUACAUGUUGACGAAUAAGAAUGGCCAUGAGCGUCAACUUGCUCAGCGCUAUAUGCGUGUUGCACGGGCACGAGCAGCCGCACGGGCUCAUCGCGCUCGACAGCCUCAACAUUUUCACCUUGUCCGUUCAGGCUUGUCUGACCCACUUGGAAUGGUAUCGCUCCGAGUUCAUCAUCACACCAGCUGGGCUCGCCGGUCUCCAAUUGACAUUCCAAGAUUUGUCGGGACACAAGACCCAGCAAUGAAGGACUUUUACCCAAAACUACAAGAUCAUAUUCUUGGACGGCUACAACACCGAGAAUUCGAUGGUGACGACCACCACGAUUUCACCGAUGCUGACCGAAACACAGUUUAUGUGCUGAACAAUGCUUUGUACGCCACCAGAACUCUACGCAUCAAUUAUACAACCUACGACGUGCGACGAGACUACAAUACGGUCAAUCCGCUGACGACUCCCUUCGUUAUGAUGCGGGCACCAGAUGGAACCACUCAUCCAUACUGGUAUUGCAAGAUUAUUGGGAUCUUCCAUGCCAGAGCGUAUCGCUCUCUUUCGACUGGCACCACACCACCAGUUUCAAUGGAGAUUAUGUGGGUUCGAUGGAUGGGUGUCGUUCCCGAGUGCCCUGGAGACCUCGAAGCCGCACAGCUACCGCAGGUUGGCUUUGUUCCCGAAGAUGAUCCAUAUGCCUUUGGGUUUCUCGAUCCGGCUCAUAUUAUCCGUGCUAGCCAUCUCAUUCCACGUUUUGCGGGUGGUCGAACGAACGAUUUGUUAUCAACACGGAAGCCAACUGCUGCUCGCUCAUUUGACGAGACCGAUGAUUGGAAGAGCUACUAUGUUGAUAUAUUUGCUGAUCGGGAUAUGCUCAUGAGGUAUGUCGGUGGUGGUGUCGGCCAUCUCGACUGUGGUACCUCUUCCUUCGACAGUGUUCCACCUCAUGCUGAACCUGGGCCCACUUUACCAACCGUCACACUAUUACAACCACCAGCCGGAAAUGCAACCAAUGCAGAAGGCUCAGACCUUGACUUGGAGGAUAUCAAUGAAACCGACGUAGCGGUUGACGAUGGAGAUGACGAGGUUACUGAGAUUGAUAUGGAGAAUGAAUCAGAUGAACCAGAGUUCUAUUAUGAUGAAGACUAUGGAGUGGGCAGUGAAGAGGAAGAGGAAAUAGAGAAUGGGUCAGAUUGCGACUCACAACUUGACAACAAUGACUUAGAUAUUCACGCUUAUAGCUACUAA